AUGGCUGCUUUUGACUAUGCCAGAAAUGAAUUGCUUAUCUUUUUGGCAGACCAAAAGGAACCAUACUUUAAGCCCAGGGUUAGGUUAUCAAUGAAACCUGCAAAUGUUGUAAUAACCAGUGUAGUUCCUGGAGAUUAUGAUGGUGAUUCGCAAAUGGAUGUCCUCCUGACUACCCGGACUCCAAAUCAUGACAGAGAUGAACUUUCAGUGUUUAUUUUCUGGGGACACAACCAAACGCUAGAUUUUAACCAUAAAAAUGUGUUAAAUAGGACUUUUUAUGAUGAGCCUCUAAUAAUGGACUUCAAUGGUGACUUGAUUCCUGAUGUCUUUGGUGUCACAAGCGAUUCAAAUAAGCCACAGAUACUGAUAGGCAGGAACUUGUCAUGGCAUCCUGCAUUGGACACUCAAAGUAAAAUGUAUAUACCACACUCUCAUGCAUUUAUAGAUCUGAAUAAUGACUUUACUGCUGAUUUGUUCCUUACUACGUUAUCAGAUUCCCAGAACAUUCAAUUUGAAACAUGGAUAAAUAAGGAUGGGAACUUCUCUAGAACGAGAAAAAGUAAGGAGAAACCUGAAGGCAUGCAGGUUGUUGGACAGUCUGUGUUUGCAGAUUUUGAUGGGGAUGGACAAAGUGAACAUUUAUUACCAGUCUGUGAAGAUCAGAAAUGUCAAAAAAGUGCCAUCUACUUAUCUAAGCUAGGACUGGAUCAGUGGAUUCCAGUCUUGCAAGACUUCAGAAAUAAAGACACACUCUGGGGCUUCGUACCAUAUCAAAGUGACAGACCUUCAACAGCAGAUUCAUUUCCAAUUACACUUCACAUUGGAGAUUACAAUAUGGAUGGCUACCCAGAUGCUCUUGCUAUACUAAAGAACACAUCUGGAAGCAAUCAACAAGCCUUCUUACUAGAAAACGUCCCGUGCAAUAACGUGAGCUGCAAGAGCGUACGUCGUAUGUUUAAAGUUUACUGGGAGCUCUCGGAUCUAAAUCAAAUCAAGGACGCGGUGGUAGCAACCUUCUUUGACAUAUACGAAGAUGGCAUCUUGGAUAUCAUUGUACUAAGCAAAGGCUACUUCAACAAGGACUUUGCUAUACAUACAUUAAAAAAUAACUUUGAAGCAGAUGCCUAUUUUGUUAAAGUUAUUGUUCUCAGUGGCCUCUGUUCUAAUGACUGCCCUCGGAAGAUAACACCUUUUGGUGUUAAUCAGCCUGGUCCUUAUAUCAUGUACACAACUGUAGAUGCAAAUGGAUACCUGAAAAAUGGGUCAGCUGGACAGCUUAGCCAGUCAGCACAUUUUGCCCUCCAGUUGCCAUACAAUGUGCUAGGCUUGGGACGCAGCGCUAAUUUCCUCGACCAUUUGUAUGUUGGCAUUCCUCGUCCUUUAGGAGAAAAGUCCAUAAGAAAACAGGAAUGGACAGCUAUCAUACCAAACUCUCAACUUAUAGUCAUUCCAUAUCCUCAUAAUGUUCCUCGAAGUUGGAGUGCCAAGCUAUAUCUGACCCCAAGUAACAUUGUGCUGCUAACGGCUAUAGCCUUAAUUGGUGUCUGCGUCUUUAUCCUGGCAAUAAUUGGCAUAUUACACUGGCAAGAAAAGAAAGCAGAUGACAGAGAGAAGCGACAGGAAGCUCAUCGGUUCCAUUUUGAUGCUAUGUGACAUGCCUUAAUAUCUAUGAAGAAGCUGCUACUCAUUUGCCUAACUGAAAUACUGAAUUCUGAUUUGUAAAAUGAUUACUGUGAGAAUACUGCUGGUAUGCUAUUUGUAAAUGUUGCAUUACUUUGGUAUUUAUUUGGAAAGUAUUAAAAUCAGACCUGAAUGUCUCACAAGGCCUUUCAGUAAACAGACUGUAUAUAUUAGCAUUUGGUCUUCAUUUAACAGAAACUGUAAAUUUAUUUUCUUAGUAAAGGGAUCAUAUUGCAUGCACUUCAUUGUUUACGUACCACCCAUUCUUCAGUAAUAUUUGAUGGAAAGAAAGCUGUGUAAAUAAAGUUUAGCAUUUCAGUGAGCAGAAUACUUUGUACCAUUUGAACUGGUCUUGUCAUUUUUGCAUUCUUGCAAAGUAAACUACAUUCUAAGUAUUAAGCUUGAGCAAUCUCUCAGAUGAGACUUUAUCCAGUAAUUGUUCUGUUUGUACUAAUGGUGCUCCAUCUAAAGUACUCUGUAUUUUUCUUUGUUUAAAUCUAUAUGUGCAGUAGUUAAGGAAUUUAGGAACCUGAGAACUAAAACCUGCAGCAUUAAUGCUAGCUCCAUAACUCAUCAUGGGAUAAAUGUGGUAUUCAUAUGUAUUAGUUCUAGAGAGAAGAUUCAUGAAAAAAUUAAAUUCAUUAAAAUGUAUCAGCAUUACACAAACCACUUUUAUAAUUAAACUGUAACCACACUUAUUUUUGAAAGGCCUAAAGUCAUUAUGAAUGAAAUCUUUUUUCUAUUUACUUCUAAGAAAGGGGGAGGGGUCCAGAAUUUAAUAGGAAAAAAUUUGGAGUAGAAAGAGAAUUAGGAUUGACUCCCUAAAAUUCAUUACUAAUGGAUGAGAUAGAUACACAAAGAUGAAAUCAAGAACAUAAUAAGACUCUCAGAAUAAGCAGCAUACAUAAUCUAUUUAGGCUACUAUACCUGAAUUUCACAAGACGACUGUGAUAAUUACAUACAAAGAGAAGCUUAAGCCUCUAUAUUUAAAAUGACGAUAAUGUUACAAUUGUUACAGUGUAAUUUGGAUCCUGGAAUGAUCUCGAUAAAUGAUCAUGCUUUUAUCUAAUAGCUUUUCCUAUAUUCUUGCUGAUAUGAGUUUACAUGAUUUAUUGUGCUUUUAAAUCUGUCAACUUGCAAUCCUAAUAAAUACUGUGUAAUAAACUA